UGAUUGUCGUGCUUUGCAACACGGUUUUGUGCGUGACUAGAAACCGUGACAUGCGUGUCGUAUAGUAAAUUUUACAUUUUAAGUUUUACCUAUUAUUUUGAUGAUACGGUUUGAAUAGGACGUCUAAAAUGCACGUCGAAAAGAAAUCGGAAUUGCGAAGCCUUCUCAAAUCAGGUGACAAGCGGUGUAAAUUAGUAGAACCCCGAAAUGCAAAGAGUUGUGUUUGGCGUUUCUUCAACUUGGUGUCUUGUGAUGAUCGAAUAGAACCAUAUGCCUGCUGCAAAACCUGUGGCGAUCUUUUAUCAUAUAGUGGGAAAACUGGAACUGGCAGUUUGUUGCGCCAUAGAUGUUUACACACGACUAACGAAAAAACAUCUCGUAUCGCCAAGGCGAAGGUUGUGCGGGAACCACUGCGUAUCGCAAAACCAAAGGUCGAAGCGCAUUCAACUAUAUCUAUAUCGGGAGCACUGCCGCAAAAGUGGGAGGAGUACGAGCACAACGAGGAAAUUAGUGAGGACAUUAAGGACAUUAUAUAUAGUGAAGAUCCGCUCUGUUACAGUCCCAUACAAGUGGUUGAAGAUGAGAUGUUAGACACUGGCGAUAAAGUCACAAUGAUGACCAGCAGCCGGACAACUACUGCUCCUGUCGUUGCCACCGUGGUCUCAGCUCCCACAAGCGCGGCAAAAACAUUAAAGAACAAUUUGGAAACAUCCAUUGAACGUCUGACUACGGUGAGCGAGCAGUUGAGCUAUGUCAUUCAGCAGCAACAUGAGCAGCACACCAAGGAUGACGACUAUUAUUUUGCAUUAAGUCUUGUGCCCAUUAUGCGAGAAUUGUCCGUAAGCCGCAAGCUUUACGUGCGCUCGAAAAUUCAUGAAAUAUUGUACAAAGAGAGUGAGGAGACUUCACCUAAAACUGAAUAAUAUAUCAAGGGUAUGAUACGGAUAAGCUAAAUCUCUAAAUAUUUACCCUAUAAUUAAAAUUUAUGAAAGAAAUUAAAAUAUAUCUUAACAACAAUUAUUCAUGUAGGUUUAAAAGUAAACAUGUAUGUUUGUUUGCUUACGGACAAUUCGUAAUCUUUAGUUCGAGCAUUCUAUUAUUAAGCGCAUAUGUAUGUACAGUUACAUUUCUAUGUAUCAUAUAUACAUGUAUACAAAUAUUUAAUGCAAACCAUUUACAAACCGCUAAUAAAGUUACCUAAGACCUUCGCAAUAAAAUCCUUCAAAACUUAAAAGUUCUAA